AUGUUGUCUCCAUUUUCACCUUAUUCUACGAAAUGCUUCUACAAUUUCAGUACCUUAAAUAAUCAAUCUCAAAAAACUCAAAAUACCUCAACUUUUUCCCCUACAAAAAAUCUCUUCAGUCUUGUCACAAAUUCUCAAACACCAAAAACUCCCACGGCUUCUAUUUCUUCACCCUCAAGAAGCCUCUUCAAUUUAAUCGCGAAACCUCAAAGCUCAAAAUCUUUAAACGAUUCACUAACUUCUACCACCGAAAAACUAGAUGAUUCCGUGGAUACCACAAAUAAUUCUAACAAUAGUCUACAAUUGAAUAAUGAUGAUUUUAAAGAUUUGAAUUUCGAAAACGAAUAUGGUGAAAAAGUUUAUUAUACAAAGGAAAAUGUCUAUGUCGCUAGAGUUGUUAAAGCUCAUAAAAUAUACAUUAAAGAGGAGUAUUAUGAGCAAACGAUUAACAAAGAGAUUGAGUAUCUUCAAGAAUUGGCUAAAGGUUGUGAUAACAUAAUUCGAUGUUAUGGAUAUGUUACAAGAGGCUAUUACCUUUAUACGAUUACUAGCUGGGCGAAAUUCAGGCUUAAUGACUUACUUUUUUCGAAAAAGGAUAAACUUAAUUGGAAUCAAAAAGUUUCGAUCGCUCGAGGGAUCGCUAAUGCUCUACGACAUUGUCAUCAACAAGGAAAAUUACAUUAUGAUCUCAGGAGCGAGAACAUCUUAUUGACUGAUGACUUAGAACCAAUGCUUUACAAUUUUCGUAUUCCUGGAGGAUCAUCAUCUACAGACUGUCUUACAAGAUGGUCUUCACCGGAGGCUUGGAAACACAAGAUACACAAACCUUCGAGCGAAGUAUACAGUUUCUCAACAAUCCUUUGGGAAUUAUCAGCUGAAAAGUUACCUUUUGAUUCGAUACCUGAUGAAUAUAUUUGCCAAACAGCUAAUAAACGUCCUAAACCCGAAUCAAUAGCAGGAACUCCAAUAGUUUAUCGAGAUCUAAUGAUAAAAGGAUGGGCUCAAAAUCCUAAUGAUCGUCCAACAAUGGAUGAAAUUUUUAAAGUUCUUGAAAUUUUAGAAUUUGACUUUAAGAAUGGUCGAGAUAUUAAAAGAGUUUCCGAAACUUCUAAUAACUUUGAUCUAACAUUUGAUAAAAAAGUGUCAAAAACUUCUUCCUUAGCUAAUGACUUUGAUAUGGCACUGGAACUUGAAUCUAAUGUAUCAUCAAAUGAUGAUUCUACUAUCUUUAUCCCUGAUUUUACUACGAAUGCUUUGAAUCGUGACGAUUAUUCUGAUCAAACUUCUUCACGUUCUUCAACUUUACAUUCUGUAUCAAAUUUAUAUUUGUUACAAGAUUACAUUUAUUCAUCUACGACAUUACCAAAUUUACUCUCAAAACCAGAAUCAACAACUUCAGCCGAUCCACUACCUGUAUUAUUACAUACCCUGGAAGACGCCAUCUCAUUUUAUAAUAAAAGAAAGUAUAAGAAAGCAUUUGAAAUUUUUAAAGCUCAUUCUGAAUGUAAUGAUGAUCCAGUCGCGAAUUAUUGGAUUGGAUUUUACUAUUACAAAGGCAAAGGUCUUGAUGGUGAAAAACCUAAUUUUAAAAAUAGCGUAAAAUAUUUAUCAAAAGCUGCUGAACAAGGACAAUCUGAUGCUCAAUUUUUAUAUGCAAAAUUAUUAUUUACAGGACAUUCAAUUGAACGUCAUAAAAAUAAUUCAAUGAAUAUUGGUGCAGAAAUGUUGAAAAAAGCGGUGGAUGCUGGGAAUAUUGAAGCAAUGACUUAUUAUGGAAAAUUAUUGAUGAAGGGAGGUUACACUGUGAAAAGGGAUGUUAAUGCUGGUAGAGAAUUAAUUAAGAGAGUUGACGAAAUUAAAAUUUUGACUUGUUCUAAUAGUCGUAAUAAUUUGGCUUCUGUUUCUAUGAAAAAGACCAAGAGUAAUGUAUCAACUUUGGAAAAUUCUGUAAUUACUAGUAAGAUGAAAACUAGAACGUUAAGCGCACCUUCUAAACCUACAAAUAUUGCGUCACGAAGAUCGGCAAAUUUAUCACUUACGAUUGAUACUGAGAAAUUGAGGCUAACUACUUAUUAUUGA